AUGGCAAGGCCUUCUCAAAUUCCCUUCCGAACUUGGGGUGACGAAGGCAUCACACUUGAGUUUUUGAGAAAAAUUUCUAGAAAGCGAGAAGGAGAGCAGGAGAUUUUCGGCGAGAUACCUCGUGGUGGUGUUGUGGCCAAGGUGAUUUCUGGCGUCUUAUUCGUGGUGGUGCAAACAAGAGAAAAUCAUGACCCCCUGCCUUUGGUGGGGAAGAUACUGAAAGUGAGGAGCCAAGCCAAUAUGUGUGUUCCGAAGGUGAGAGUUCCCAGACAGAAAGUGUGCUAG